AUGUUUCGAAAUGUUACUAGUGCACAAGAAGCUAUUGUUCAUAGACAAUCAGAAAAUAGUUUAUUAAAUGAAAAAAAUCAAAAAAAAUUAAUUAAAGAUGUUCAAUCAGAUGAUAUAUCUCAAACAUAUUCAACAUUAAAAAUUAAAUGGUUUCAUCAACGUGAACAACUAAUAGAAAAUUUAAAACAUCUUGAAAAACAUAAUGGAUUUCCACAUGAAAUUCAAUAUGUUAAAAAUCUUAUUGAAUGUCUUAAUGAACUUAUAGAAAAUGGUGAAAUGACAAAAAAUUGUCAAACAUUAAUUAAUGAUAUGAAUAAAAAUAUUCAUGUAUUACCAGAUACAUAUUUAUUAGCUAGAAAACCAUUAGGAGAUAAAAUGAUACGAUUACCAAGACAUGUUUCAAAAACUACAACGAAUAUUUCACAUCCAUUAAAAAAAUUAUCAUCAGAAAUUCUUCAAAUACAACGAUCAAAUGAAAAAUUACCAAAUCAGAUUGAUCUUCAUAUAAAUCCAAAAGAGAAACAAAUAGAUCAAACAUUUGAUAAUGAUGAUAUGACAACAUCUAAUAUAUCUACUGAAAAAAUGACAAGUGGUAUUCAAUUUUAUGUUGUUGCUGAACAAUUUCGUAAUACAACAGAUACAAAUACUAGAAAAAAACGUUAUUUAACAUCAUCCAUAAUAGAGUGA